ACAUCUCACUGAGGUUCUCAAUAAGAUCGAUAAAUGAUCUGAAUUCAUGUCGCUUUUGUGCUUUUAUUUGCCAGAACUUGACCGGAAGUUUCCCUUCUUCUCAUUGAAGUACUUUGACAGCAGUGCAUCCAGGCGGCGGAGACACACAAAGAAAGGCCCGGUAUGUCGGAUGAAGAUUCCCGUGCCAGCACAAGCUCUUCCUCCUCUUCAUCUUCCACUCAUCAUAACCAUCAUCAGCAGCAGGAAGUAAACCCCCCAAAGAAGCGAGAGAGCAAAGCCAGCAUGAGCAAGACCUCCAAACUUCUGUCUACCAGCGCUAAAAGAAUUCAGAAGGAACUGGCUGACAUUACACUGGAUCCUCCUCCGAACUGCAGUGCCGGACCUAAAGGAGACAACAUCUAUGAGUGGAGGUCCACCAUCCUGGGCCCCCCAGGCUCCGUGUACGAGGGGGGGGUGUUCUUCCUGGAUAUUGCCUUCACACCAGACUACCCCUUUAAACCACCCAAGGUGACGUUCCGUACGAGGAUCUAUCACUGCAACAUCAACAGUCAGGGCGUGAUCUGCCUGGACAUCCUGAAGGACAACUGGAGUCCCGCUCUCACCAUCUCCAAGGUCCUGCUGUCCAUCUGCUCCCUGCUCACUGACUGCAACCCUGCGGACCCUCUGGUUGGAAGCAUCGCCACACAGUACACAACAAACAGACCCGAACAUGACAGGAUAGCCAAACAGUGGACCAAACGCUACGCCACAUAAUCGGCAGAGGAGCCGACGACCGGGGGGGGGGCUUGAUUUGUAGCAAAGGUGGAGCAGGUAAAGGGUGGGUGUAGUGGGAGGAUUUUUACCUUGCAGCUAAAGUCUUAUCUCCAGGCAUUUUGUUGUUUGUUGUAUUUUAAGUUAUCUGCUGUCAGACUGCCUGUGUUCCAAGACGGGCAUUUCUACUAAAGCGUUGGAGCCGGCACGAGUUCCAGUCAGAGAUGUUUUACCAGUUCCAGUUGGUGUUUGCUCCUUCUCCAGAAGAUGAAGCUGUUCCACUCAUGUAGACAUGUUUAGAAAUUGGUUGUGAUUUGUGUUCUGUACUGAUGAAAACUGUUCUGUUUCUUCUUCUUAAAGAAUUAAAGAAGACCGGGUCAGGUUG